AUGGCCCACAUCAUCCUCACCGGAGCCACAGGAACCGCAGGCGCCGCGAUCCUCGACUGCGCCUUCAGAUCCCCCGCCAUCGCCCACAUCUCCGUCCUCUCCCGCCGCCCCGUCAAGCUCGCCGAGUCCCAGCCCGACAAAGCUACGGUCAUCAUCCACAAAGACUACACCACCUACCCACCCGACCUGCUCUCCCAGCUCAGAGGCGCUACAGGAUGUAUCUGGGCCCAAGGCAUCAGCAGCCGCGGUAUGAACGAGCAGGAGUACGAGAAGAUCACCGUCGACUACCCGGUGGCUGCCGCAAAAGCAUUCGCUGGGCUGCCGAAGAAGGGGAGUUUCAAGUUCGUGUACAUGUCUGGUGAAGGGGCGGAUAUGGACGGCAAGUCUUCGUUCAUGUUUGGACGAGUGAAAGGAAAGGCGGAGAAAGCGCUGCUGGGUCUUGGAGAGGAGAUGCAGGGGUUGAAGGUGUUUAAUGUGAGGCCUGCGACUAUAAAUCCGGAGAGAAGGUAUUUGCAGGAGAGGAAGCCUACGAUGCAAGAUCGGACGUCGACGCUUUUGGGCGGGGUGUUUGAGAGGUUUUGGAAGAGUUUUGUGAUUCCGACGCCGAAGUUGGCGAAGGUGUGUUUGGAUUUGGCUACAGGGGAUGCUAAAACCAUGAGGCCUUCUUCGAAACUUCUUCGAACGUCGGCGAACAUGCUAUGCGGCACCAUAAGAACCGGAUGGGACGUCCGACGCACCGAGAUCCCCAAGGGCUGCGUUGCAAAGAGAGACGUCCACGGCGAAGGACAAUAG